AUGCAUUUCACCUUUACACCUUCUCCUCAUCUGUCUUGUCCCAGUCACGAUGAAGCAGACUCGCCGACUGAACCUCGUUUUGAGAGAGUGUUUCCUUGCAAAGUGAACGAUCUAUACGACGCCAUAGCUAAAGGACAAGUUGAUAAAAUGAAAAGUUAUUUAUCAUCGACGGAGAACAAAGUGGAUAUCUUGGAUCAGAAUGGUGAUACUGCUCUCCACCACGCGGCAAGAAUGAACCGAGUUGAAGUCAUCGAUUUCCUGACUAAAGCUGGAGCCAAUGUUGAUGUUUACAGCAGGGAUGGACUUACGCCAUUGCAUGAAGCUGCAAGGUAUAAUUCAUUGGAUGCCUUUGACAAUUUGUUGAAAAAAGGAGCCAAUCCAAACAAUGAAUCUACAAAUAGAGGUUAUUCUCCUCUUCACUUUGCUACCCAAUACGGUAAUAGAGAGAUCAUCAAACGACUGCUCUAUGUAAAAACUUUGAAAAUUAACGCAACUAACCGGGACGGAUUGGCUGCUCUUCAUUUGGCCAUUAAUCAUGGAUACGAGGACAUCUGUAGCGAUCUCAUCGCCAAAGGGGCUAGUAUCUACAUAAUUACGAGAGACGGGCAGACGUGUCUUCAUUUAGCAGCAGAUGUUGGCAUCGUGGGUAUUCUUUCUGUGGUCAUUCAAACUGCUCUCGCGAACAUCUGCCAGUACCCUGUAGAUGCUACGUGGUUUGGCAAGGACUUCCCAGAAUUUGAUCAGUUGGUCAACAGAAAAGACGAAGACCAUAACUCUGCUCUUCACCUAGCUGUUCAGACAGGUCACUUAUCUGCAUGUCAAAUACUUUUGCAACAUAAUGCAAAUGUCAACUUGCAAAACAAGCAUCAACAAACGCCUUUGCACGUGGCUUCUAUGGGUAAAAACAAAGAUAUCUUGGAAUUACUUAUCAAACAAGGAGCUCAAACGGAUCAAAAAGACUACAAACAAAGAACUCCUCUGCACAGUGCGGCAUCAAUCGGAAACCCAGAAUGUAUCAAAGUCCUUCUCAACAACUGCUUUACUCCAGAUCCCAAAGAUUUAGAGGGUAUGACGCCUCUCCUAUGUGCUAUAGCAGCUGGUCACACAAAUUGUGCCAAGCUGCUCUUUGAGUACGGUGCGAAUAUCGCAGCUCGUGAUAAGAAUCAGCGUGGAAGCAUUCAUCUCGCUGUAGAAAAUGAAAAAGCAGAAAUGUUGAAAAUGCUACUGGAAAGAUCGGGAUCACAAUGUAUAAAUAUUCCGGACAUACAGGAAAGGACAGCUCUUCACUACGCCGCUUCCUCUACAAAGUUAAAGCUUCUGGAGAUUUUGUUGGAAAAGAAAGCGAACUGCUUACUCAAGGAUCGUGCUGGCAUAAUUCCAAUACAUACUGCAGCAAAGUUUGGAAAGGACCGCCAUGUUGAAGCUUUAGCCAAAGCCUCUUUUGCGUGUGUUGAUCAAAAAGAUUCAGAAGGACGAACGCCUCUUCAUUUUGCAGCAUUGAAUGGAAAAGGGAAAACAUGUUCAAUCCUUCUCCAAAUGGGAGCUGAAGUUGACGUUUCAGACGCUUAUGGCUGGACACCUUUAAUGUUUGCAGCCAAAACGGGUGCCUCUGAUUUAAUUCGAAUGUUUCUUGAGCUGAAUGCUGAUAUAAAUCAAGAAGACAAAAGUGGUAACACUGCGCUGCUGCUUGCUUCUGCCAGUGGUCACGUAGCCGCCGUGAGGAUUCUUUUGAACAAUCGGGCGAUCUUGAAACCAAACAUAAGCGGUCUUAACUGCCUCGAUGUGGCCAUAGAUAAUCAACAAGGAGAUGUUGUCAUGGAAAUGAUUAAGAACGCAAGAUGGAGAGAGGUCCUAUCAGCCAAUAGCCCAGAUGGUCAAAAUAGGAUGGGAAAACUCAUUCAGCGGUUCCCUGAUGCUGCUAAAUUGAUCAUGGAUCGAUGUGUCCAGCGAUCUCUCAGCCAACGAUUCAUCAGGUAUGAUUUCAGCCUUUUGGAUCCAGGUCCUGAUGAUACAAGCGGACCAAAUGGGGAGCGUUUCUUUGGACCAAAGGUCAUGGUGGAACACAAAGAAAAGGAACUCCUGGUACAUGAGCUUUGCAGAAAACUUCUCAAGAUAAAGUGGCGCAGAUAUGGAUGGUUUGUUUAUUGGACAAACCUUAUCUUGUUUUUCUUGUACCUCUUCUCCUUGACGUACUUCAUGGUGACAAAGCGUAAAGCGGUGAUCCUAAAGCGGAAACAUGAUAAAGAUGAUCCCGACUACGAUGACAUGUUCACGAACAAGGAGGCAUUGAAUCAAGUUAUUCCUUUCCUCAUACUGGUAUUUGCGUCAUUUCAUUUGGCCAAAGAACUCUAUCAGAUUGUCCUUCAACGAAUGGAAUAUUUCCAACAACUGACCAACUUGGUGGAAUGGGUGCUUUAUAUAGCGAGCAUAGUUUUUAUUCUGCCAUACGUCUCGUCCAGCUUUUCAAGUCUUCAAGGAAACCCUAGGAUAACCUGGCAGAUAGGGACAGUCGCUGUGUUCUUGGGCUACAUGAACCUGAUAUUGUUUGUUCAGACUUUGGACUAUGUCGGCAUCUACGUGACAAUGUUUUUUCGAGUGGCUAUCACGGUGCUCAAAGCCAUCAGUCUUUUCUUCCUGUUCACCUUGGCUUUUUCGGUGGUUUUCUACAUAUUGUUCAGGGAGCAAAAUGCCUUUGACACAUUUCUCGUGACGCUGGUGAAAGUGAUAGUCAUGACCAUCGGUGAAUUGGAUUAUACCACUUUGUUGGUGGACAACUUGGAGGCCACCAAUCCAGAGACCAAAGCACCUCUCGUGCCUUACCGUGAAUCAUCCUUCGUAUUUCUCUGCCUCUUCAUCUUUGCCAUGCCCAUUAUCCUUAUGAAUCUUUUGGUCGGUUUAGCUGUGGGAGACAUAGAAUCUGUGCAAAAGUAUGCGUUUCUGAGAAACAAGGGAAAAUUCGUAGACUUCGUGGUUGGAGUUGAAAGAAAUUUACCAAAAUUUGUUACUCGGCGUUUACACAAGCCUGAGUUGGUCGUAACUGGACGAUACGUGGACAGAAAAAUUUCUUCAGGGAAAUAUUCCUUUGAAGACGAAGACCUCAGUAAUGAAGAACGAACAGCCGAGAACGAGGACGAACAGAGACUGGAAGCUCUUGCUAAGGAAUUGAUGAGGGCUAAGAGACGGCAACUGUCAAUCAUUGACGCCAUACAGGAUCAGAGAAGCGUUUUAUCAGCUCUAGCAGUUAAAAUUGGCCUAGAUACCUGUGAGGAAUUCACUAUGGCAGAUGGAGAUAUGAGUGAUACAGAUUCCCACACAAAUUCUAGAGUAAAUCUUGGCGAAUAUCGAAGUCUUAUUACGCGAUUUCGACGUAGCCCGAUGGUUCAACAGAAGAGACCUCACUCGGGAGGACGACUUCAACUUCACGAUGAAUCCGUUCGCAUGGGGAUGAAAAUGGUGCCCUUGCAAGAUCGUAACGUCGCGUUUCAUCGCGCUGUUGCUCAUGGAAAUUCGGAAUACGUGAGAAAGAUUUUGUCCGAGAAGAAGUACGAUGUGGAUGCCUUCGAUGAAUAUGGAUUCACAGCGCUCCAUUACGCCGCCCAGCACAAUAAAGUAUUUAUCCUAAACAUGCUCCUGGAUUUUGGCGCUGAAGCCUCUGUGACAGGUGCGGAUGGCUCGACUGCCCUACAUCUUGCCGCGAGGUUCCAUUCUCUAGAUGCCGUCCUCUCUCUUCUCGGAGCAGGAGCUAAGGUUAGCUCGAAAAACAGCCUCACGGGUUCAACUCCCUUACAUGAAGCCGCAGCAUUUGGAAACAAAGACAUUGUCGAGCAUCUUUUGAAGAAUGCAAAGGCUGACGUGAAUGCUUCAGAUUUCAAAUCUGUCUCGCCACUUAUGCACGCUAGUGGCUCAGGUUAUGGUGUUAUCUGCUUAACUCUGCUGCAGUAUGGAGCUCAAGUUGAUUUUUCUUCGGCAGAAGGGAUGACAGCACUUCAUUUUGCCGCCACCAAUGGAGAUUCCUAUGUCACGCAACAGAUUGUCGAAGCAGCAAUUCGCCAUUAUUUCAAAAAAGAACCAACUACUGUUGCAAAACCAGAAAUGAACGCUGACUUCAAACAGUUCAUAAACAAAUGUGACUUGGAUGGUAGCACAGCACUUCAUCUAGCGGUACAAACAGGUUCCAAGGACGUGUCCCAGGUGCUCAUUCAGUAUGGGGCUGAUGUGAAUUGUCAAAACAAGAGCCUCCAGACACCAGUGUACCUGGCAGCAGUUGGAGGACACCAAGAUGUCUUGAAAAUGCUCAUUUUGCAGGGUGGCGAUAUGAAUGCAAGUGACAGCCAACAAAGAACUGCCCUACACAGUGCUGCCGCCUUGGGAUCUACAAAAUGCAUUGAGAUUCUCCAUGAAAAUGGUGCCAAAAUUGACACCAGGGACCAGAGUGGUCAAACGCCUUUUCUCUUGGCGGUAGCCGCUGGACAGACUGAUUGCGCAAAGUUAUUUCUAUCAUUUGGCGCCAAAGUGGCAGCUCAAGACAAGCGCCUACGUUGUUGCCUCCACCUUGCUGUAGAACAGGGAAGAGAGGAAACGCUCAGUAUGUUACUGAGUGAGACUGGUAACGACUUAGUCAACAUACCUGACCACAAACAGCGGACGUCGCUUCAUUACGCGUCGUGGAUUGACAACCCGAAGCUUUUGGAGCUGCUACUCGAGACAAAAGCAAAUGGAUGCGUUCGAGACGCAAAGCACAAGACACCACUUCACUUAGCCGCUGACCGAGGCACCUCACGCCAAGUCAAGGUUCUCACCCAAGCUGCGCCAUCUUGUGUAUGGAUGCGAGACGAUCAGCGGCGAACUCCUUUGCACUACGCUGUUAUGAGCAUGAAGAGGAAAUCUUGCGCCAUACUUUUGGACAUGGGUGCUGAUAUCAAUAGCCCCGAUAUCGUAGGCUGGACUCCUCUAAUGUGGGCUGCAAAGGCAGGAAAUGUCGGUGUCGUAGAGCUCCUUCUCGAGAGGGGCGGGCACACGGAUCACGUAGACAUUGAUGGAAAUUCAGCCCUCCAUGUGGCAGCACACUUUGGUCAAGUUGAGAUCGUCAGGACACUGUUGAAUUAUGGAGGGAGCUUAAUUUUACAAAACAAACGUGGAAUGACAUGCCUUGAUGUGGCAAUGGAAGCGCAGAUUAAUGAAGUUGUCAUGGUUAUUGUCAAACAUAACAGAUGGCGAGAAGCACUUACAGCCUCAAGUGCCAAAUCCAAUCCUGUGGAAAGGUUGAUUGAACAUUUUCCCGACGCCGCCCACGUUGCCCUGGAUCGCUGUAUUCAGCGAUCUACUUCUGAACGCUCCAUAAAGUAUGACUUCACUCUCAUAGACCCAGGCCCCGAUGAUCACAGUGGAAACAACGACGAACGCUUCCUAGGUUUGGUAACGAUGGUCAGACACAAACAGCAGCUCCUCUUGGUUCAUCCGCUUUCUCGAAAGCUGUUGCUUCUUAAGUGGAGGAGGUUUGGUUGGUUUGUUUACGGAACGAAUCUCGUGCUUUAUUCACUUUUCCUAAUAUUCUUGACAAUUUUUGUUUCAACGGAGAGAGAGAAUGUCAACUUUCCCAAACCAGAAGACGAUGAUGAACUUGACGAAAAAUUCUUCAUAGAGAAAAGUGAAUUCAACGAAGCGGUGCCCUAUAUCGUCAUCGUAUUCGCGGUUUUGCAUCUUGCGAAGGAGUUUUAUCAGAUCUACACCCAGAGGCUUCGUUACUUUACGGAGUGGACCAAUUUUCUUGAAUGGGCCUUAUACCUGACAGCAUUUUUGUUUGUUUUACCUUACGUUACUGAUGACACCGGUCUGAGACAAAAUUUUGAAAUUUACUGGCAGAUGGGAACGUUUUCCAUUUUCUUUGGUUACGUUAACUUAAUCCUCAUCGUGGAGCCGAUUAAGUUCUUGGGUCUGUACGUGACCAUGUUCCUCGAAGUGAUGAAGACCGUUCUGAAGGUUCUGUUAUUGUUUGUCAUGUUCACUUUGGCCUUCGCAAUGGCGUUCUACAUUCUGUUGAAAGAACAGGAAUCGUUUAGCACGAUAAUGAAGGCCUUCAUGAAAGUUUUUGCCAUGACUUCUGGGGAAAUUGAAUAUACUCAAACCGUCAUUGACGCGUUGAACAAGAAUUCAGCUGGCACAAAAUUUCCGCUCGUUCCUUUUGAAGAUUCUACCUACAUUUUCUACUUCAUGUUUAUCUUGGCGAUGCCGAUAGCUCUUGUUAACCUAUUGAUUGGUUUGGCAGUUGGAGAUAUUGAAGCCAUUCAGAAGACAGCUUUCCUCAGGAACAAGGGGAAACAAAUCACUUUUAUCGCUGAUAUAGAGAAGAAAUUUCCAAAAUUCUUCACCAGACGAAUUUAUAGUGGACAUGAGAUCGUGUAUGCUGGAGAAGAGAAAGGAAAACUUUGGAGGAGAAGAACAAAGCAGGAAGAAUUUCAGGAUGAAGAUCUUUUAGGAGACAAUGACGGGGAAAUUGACGAGAUGACGUUACGGCUUGACAAUUUGACACGAGAAAUAGAAAAGUCUAAAUUGAGACAGAAGAUUCUCAUUGGUGCCACAGACCAACAGAGAGAUAUCCUACUCGCUGUGGCCGAGCGUGUCGGCGUAGAAGUUAAUUUGCCAUCGCGUAUAAAGAUAGAGUGAAAGCUUGAGCAGGACAUUCGAGAGACAAAAUGAUGAGCUUGAAACUGUUUUUUAAAGCCACAAAAUGCUCCGUAAGGGAACGAUCAUUAUUUUUGGCUAGGGGGAGAGUGGGGAAGGGGGCAGUGGUGUUUGGUUGUAUCACAAUAAAAUUUACUUGAUUUCCUCUCCCCUCCCCUCCUAAGACUCUGUCGUAUUCUAAUGCCCCCCUCUUCCCCUCAUUGAGUCAAUUUGCUUUAGUAGUCCCUCGAAACUCUGUUAACGACGACUGAUCCUUCCUCCGUUGACAAAAAAUGCCCUUUAAGACGACCAUGGUUUAAAAUGAAUGGCAGCUGAAGGCAGUUGUAGAAGAAUUUCAUUAACGAGUUACGAAAACAUUUCAGUUGUAAGCGUGUACAAAAAGUCUAUCUCUUAUAGACAAAAGAAAAUAAAUAAUACUUGUAAGACAAAACUGUUUAUUAACGAUCUUUAAAUAAUAAAAUACAGAUCUUAUACAA